ACCCACAAAGCGUGCCUUCACAUUUCUCUCCCUUUCAUUCUAGAGAGUGCGGUGCUGGCAAGCACCACAGCCACCCACUUCCGCUUUACCUUCACAUUUCUCACCCUUUCUACUGCCUCUCUCUUUUUCUCUCUCUCAUACCGUCUAAUUGUCCCUUUUGUAGGUCUUGUUGGGAAAUUAUUUCCCCACAAGGCGUGUAUUUUCUUUCACAUUCUCGGCCGUUCUUCUUAUUUGUUCACCGAUCAGUAAAUUAAAUUCCAGAGUCUUGCUGUACUUUAGUAGUACUUAAGUAGUCAGAAGCUGCUCCAAAAUCACCCACCUAAACUAGUCCAGACCCUCGGUCCCACGGGUCAUCCAUUGCAUCGCCGCUCCCCACCCCCCCUCUCCUCGAAAUAAAUUGAACAGUUUAACUUCUUCUUGGAUCCGCACCUCCAGAGCUAGAAUUUUCUGACCCAUGAAAGAUUACUCUUCUGUCCAUCAAUUAAGAGAGAGAGAGAGAGAGAGAGAGAGAGAGAGAGAGAGAGAGUUGGCAGAUAUGAGAGAGAGUAUGCAGAGAUAUAUGUGGCACGAAGCAGGGAUCUACAGGCAUUUUAGGGAGACCAUCUGUCUUCCUCUUUUAACGGCCAAGAGGUCCUCUCAACGAUCCUCUCUCCUCCUCUUCUUCCUCCUCCUCUUCUUUCUGGGCGCGUUCGUUGCCACGCGCUUACUCGACUCCACCCUCACUUCUAUUGCUGGGAAUCCCACACCGAAUACAAUCCUAACCACCACAACCACCCAUGUGUACCCAUCCGAAAUCCCCAAAAAGCCCCUGCCAAAAAUCCAAAUACCACUCAACUGCACAUCCGGUAACCUCACCCGAACUUGCCCGGCGAACUAUUACCCAAAGGACUUCUUCCACUCCCAAGAUGACCGGGACCGUCCCCCACCUGCCACGUGUCCGGAUUACUUCCGUUGGAUCCACGAGGAUCUACGGCCGUGGAAGAAGAUGGGGAUCACGAGGGACAUGGUGCAGAGGGCCCGAAAGACGGCCAACUUCAGGCUGGUGAUAGUCGACGGAAGGGCUUACGUGGAGAGAUAUGUGAGGGCCUUCCAAACCAGGGAUGUUUUUACGGUGUGGGGAAUCUUACAGUUGUUACGGAGGUACCCUGGGAAAUUACCUGAUUUGGACUUGAUGUUUGAUUGCGUGGAUUGGCCGGUCGUCAAAGCGGUGGAUUACAGUGGGCCCAAUGCGAUGGCCCCACCUCCGUUGUUCCGGUAUUGCGGAGAUGAUGCCACGUUGGACAUUGUUUUUCCCGAUUGGUCGUUUUGGGGAUGGGCAGAGAUAAAUAUAAAGCCAUGGGAGGGAUUGUUAGAGGAACUAAAAGAAGGGAACAAGAGGAAGAGAUGGAUGGAUAGGGAGGCUUAUGCAUACUGGAAGGGCAACCCGGUGGUUGCUGCAACUAGAGUGGAUCUCCUCAAAUGUAAUGUCUCUGACAAACAGGACUGGGGUGCUCGCUUGUACAAUCAGGAUUGGAUUAAAGAAACACGGGAAGGGUACAAGCAAUCAGACUUGGCCAGCCAGUGUAUGCACAGGUAUAAGAUAUACAUUGAAGGAUCCGCAUGGUCAGUGAGUGAAAAAUACAUUCUUGCAUGUAAUUCUCUUACCUUACUGGUGAAGCCACAUUACUAUGAUUUCUUCACAAGAAGUUUGAUGCCUGUGCACCACUAUUGGCCCAUAAGAGAGGACGACAAGUGCAGAUCUAUUAAGUUCGCAGUUGAAUGGGGCAACAGCCACAAGCAAAAGGCACAAGAAAUUGGGAAGGCAGCAAGUGACUUCAUUCAAGAGGAUUUGAAGAUGGAUUAUGUGUAUGACUACAUGUUUCAUCUCUUGAGUGAAUAUGCCAAACUCAUGAGAUACCAGCCCACCAUCCCUAAAAGAGCAAUUGAAAUCUGUUCGGAGAAAUUGGCGUGUCCCGCGAUAAGAUCACAGAAGAAGUUUAUGAUGGAAUCGAUGGUGAAGGGUCCAACAGACGUGAGACCAUGCAACAUGCCUCCUCCAUAUGAUGCUCUUGCUCUUCAUACGCUUCUCAAAAGGAAAGCAAAUUCAAUUAGCCAAGUAGAGUUGUGGGAGAAGAGAUACUGGGAGAAUCAAACUAAACAUAAUUAGUCAUGUUCCUUGGUAUAUUCAUCAUUCAGUAUGAAUUCACUCAUGUGUACUUUAUGCCUCAAUUUCUACAUAUGCAUAAUUAUAUCAAAAGGAGAUUUUACA